AUGACCAAUGUGAAGAUAUUGGGAAAAGUCAACAACAGGAAAUUUCUGGAGAAGUUUCAUUCCACACAAAGUUAUUUUGUGGAGAAACUUCAUGUAUGUACUGAAUUUGAAAAGGACUUCACCCGGAAGUCACAUCUCUUAGAACAAGAAAAAAAUCAUGCUGGAGAAAAAUCCCAUGAACACAACAAAAGUGAGAAAGUCUGCACUCUGAAGCCACAAGUUGAGCCCCAUAACAUUAUUUAUAGAUAUGAGAAGCCCUGUGUAUGUCCUCAGUGUAGGAAGGUCUUUACUCUCAAGUCAAACCUCAUUACUAAUCAGAAAAUCCAUGCUGAGCAGAAACCCCACAAGUGCAGCCAAUGUGGCAAUGUGUUUUUCCAAAAUUCAGAUCUCUUCAGACAUCUGAGGAUUCAUACAGGAGUAAAACCUUAUCAGUGCAGUGAAUGUGGAAAAGGCAUCUCGCAUGAUUCAGACCUCAAACAUCAGAAAUCUCACACUGGGCAGAAACACUAUGCCUUCAGAGAAUGUGGGAAAGCAUUCAGCAGAAAGUCAGCACUCUGGAUGCAUCAACAGACUCACACAGGAGAGAAACCGUAUACAUUCACUGAAUGUGGAAAGGCCUUCAUCCAGAAGUCACACUUCAACACACAUCAGCUAAUUCACACUGGUGAAAAACCUUAGGAAUAUACUGAGUGUGGGAAAUUAUUCACCAAAAAGUCACAACUCCAUGUGCAUGACAGAAGUCACACAGGAGAGAAGCCUAAUAUAUGUAUAGAGUGUGGAAAGGUCUUUACUCAUUGGACAAAUCUUACUACACAUCAGAAAACUCACACUGGAGAGAAACUCUAUAUGUGUGUGGAAUGUGGGAAGGCUUUUACUGAUCAGUCUACGUUCAUCCAGAAAUCAACACUAAGUAUGCACCAGAGGAUCCACAUGGGAGAGAAACCCUAUGUCUGUCCUAACUGUGGGGAGGUCCACAUCAAGAAAUCAUACUUCAUUGCACACCAUAGGAUUCAUACUGGGGAGAAGCCAUAUGAAUGCAGUGACCAUCGAAAAUGGUUUGCUGAGAAGUCACAGCUCCAUGUGCAUCAAAAAAUUCACACAGGUGAGAAGCCCAGUGUUUGUACUGAAUGCAGAAAGGCUUUUGCUGACCAAUCCAAUCUUAUAACACACAAGAAAAUUCAUACUAAGGAGAAGCCCUAUACCUGCAGUGACUGUGGUAAAACCUUCUCCUGGAAGUCAUGCCUCAAUGUGACUUCAGAAGUCCCACACUGGAGAAAGACACUAUGA